GCGAGAUGCGGAGCGCCGGCGCCGCAGCAAGAUGCUGGAUGGAGACCGCCUGCGGCGCGGCCGCCUCGCCUGCUGCCUAGCGCUGCUCGCGCUGCUCGCCCGCGCCCCGCCGCCCAACGCCGCCUACUUCGGGCUGACUGGGAAUGAACCCCUGACCAUCCUCCCUCUGACCUCAGAAAUGGAGGAAGCUGCCGUCAAGGCCCACUACAAAGUGUGCGACCGCCUGAAGCUGGAGAAAAAGCAGCGCAGGAUGUGUCGGCGGGACCCCGGGGUGGCCGAGACCCUCAUGGAGGCCAUCAGCAUGAGCGCCCUGGAGUGCCAGUACCAGUUCCGCUUCGAACGGUGGAACUGCACGCUCGAGGGGCGCUACAGGGCCAGCCUGCUGAAGAGAGGUUUUAAGGAAACAGCCUUCCUCUAUGCCAUUUCCUCAGCAGGGCUCACCCAUGCCAUGGCCAAAGCCUGCAGCGCUGGGCGUAUGGAGCGUUGCACCUGCGAUGAAGCCCCUGACCUGGAGAACAGGGAGGCCUGGCAGUGGGGCGGCUGUGGCGACAACCUCAAGUACAGCAAUAAGUUCGUCAAGGAGUUUCUGGGGAAGAAAUCCAUCAAGGACCUGCGAGCCAGGGUGGACUUUCACAACAACCUCGUGGGCAUGAAGGUCAUCAAAGCUGGGGUGGAGACUACCUGCAAGUGCCACGGAGUAUCUGGAUCCUGUACUGUCCGAACGUGUUGGCGACAGCUCUCUCCGUUCCACGAGAUUGGCAAGCAGCUGAAGCAGAAAUACGAGACGUCGCUCAAAGUCGGCAGCACCACCAACGAGGCCACCGGGGAAGGGGACAUCUCGCCACCCAAGAAGUCCAUCCCUGGUCACAGUGACCAAAUCCCAAGGACUACGGAUCUUGUCUAUAUUGACGAUUCCCCCAGCUUCUGUCUGAUGAGCAGGUAUUCACCUGGGACUUCAGGAAGGAAAUGUUACAAAGACAAAAACUGCGACAGCAUCUGCUGUGGCCGAGGUCACAACACGCAGAGCAGGGUGGUCACCCGGCCGUGCCAGUGUCAGGUCCGCUGGUGUUGCUACGUGGAGUGCAAGCAGUGCACUCAGAGAGAAGAGGUUUAUACCUGCAAGGACUAAUGCCUGCUCUGCUUACCGGAUGCCCUCAGCGAUGGGAGAUCAGGAUCUAUGAGAAUUAUAUAUGGAGACAAACAGGGUGUGAUUGACCGUCUUGGGAUCUGAAAGCUAUGUUGAGACCUAAGCACUUUGUAGGGUACAGGUGACCCAGUUGUGUUUUUUGCUUUUUUUUUCUAUAGACUGAAUUUUUAAUCAUGAGGUCCAACCACGUGGAAACAAGUGCCUGUCAUGCCGGGUUAGGUGUCAGCUGACCCUUUGCCAAAGCCAUCCAUAAAUCCACUCAGCUUGACGGAUCAUUCAUUUAUCUUGAAAGUCCUUGAUUGCUUCCUCAGUCCUCCAUAAGCUCCUCGGUGAAAUUAUUCUCUCUGGAAUAAACACCUGUGUGCCCUACUCUACUUUUUAUUCCUGAAACUUGCCUGACUGAAUGGAGAGCCAAGCAGAUGAAUGAGAGAAACUUGAUUUAAAGUAUUUCUGCCUUUAAAAUGUAAUAGUGGCAAUGUCUCUCUAAAGAAAGAGGGGAAAAUGGGUGUGGGCAAGCUUCAGAAAAUGAGUUGCUCUUCUAAGGGAGUUUCUGCAGAUCAAGUGUCCAAGGCUGUAAUGAAGAGACCCAUAUAGAAAGUUGGCCGCUUAACAGCGAUUUUAUAUAUCGGUGUAACUCCAAAAAUUUUGGGUCCACCAUGUUAUGGGCAAAUCCAUCCGACAAAGAGCUUGAGGAGACAGUCCAAUGAUGCACAUGUCCCACUCCCUGCAGUCCAGUCAAACACGCACCUCUACAUGUUCUCCAGAUGCAGUUUCUUUAGCACUAUCACGGUCUUAAAUCGUUUUUAAAGAAAAACCACUAGAUCUUUGCUUCACUUUGGUAAAGGAGUAAUCCCUCUUGCCUCUCGUUGAUUGACGUUGACCCUGUGGAGGCUGCUGUAGAAAUCCAGACUGGAACUUGUUAGUCUUAUGGCGACAAAAUUUGGAUACUUGUCUUUCUGAUAGCUGGCUUUUGACCACAUGAAUUCCAUUGCAUCUCGAUGCUGGCUUGACACUUGCAUUUUAUAGGAGCUGUUCUGGACUGGAUUGGACCUUUUGGAGGAGAAGAUGUUAUUUUAUUAGGUCAUCAUUCCAUUUACUCUAAACCAUGGCAGUUGUACAUGGCACAAACUAGAGGUAGACCCUACAACUGUAAGCUUUUUAUUUUAUUUUAUUUUUUUAACCACUAGAUCGAGUAUUUCUACAUACAGCUACUUACCAGUAACCAACCCUUGGAGAUUGCAAACCUCUAGUCAAACAUGACACGAGCUGGGCAAGGAAUCCAACCAUCAAAUGCAGCGGUAGCUAGCUCCAGCGCUGUGAACUAAACGACAACCUCCAUUUAUUUCUUAAAAAGGAUAUUUUACAAUAUAGGAAUUGAUAUGGCAGUUUGUCUUCAGUCCUAUAACACCACUGCUGGGAUCAGAAACAGCUGGUAAAUGCCUCAACAAAGCUUCCUAAGGAAAUGUUGGAGAGUGGAAGGCAUCUUUUUUUGUUCUUGCAGUCCUUGAUUUUUUUUUUUCUCCAUUAGUAGCAAUUUCACUAGUUCAUAACCCAUGGAUCUGUGUUUUUGAGAGAGGAAAGUUGGCUGGGAUCUUUCUCCUUCCAGGAAAAGUAAAUGCCUAUUGCAACACAGGAGAGCAUUGUCUUCCAAGAAGGACUGUUGUGCUCGGAGAGCCUCUUCAAUUAGCAGCCACUAAUAUUCAAGCUGUUCGUGUGCAUCUACUGGGAAGGGAAAGGUUAUAUGUAGUGUAGGGGAUUCUCUUUGUUAAUUUUUUUUUUUAAUUUUUUUUCUUUAAGGACAAAUUGCAAUUCAGCCUGACUUUUGGUGUACUCCUUGGAGCUGGGAAGACGGGAGGAAAUGGGGGACGGGGAAAUAAAGGGUUGCCUUUCAAUGCUCUGCAGCCCUGCAACACAACACGCCUGGCUCUUUGUCUGAUUCUGGACACGGGGUGGAGUUGGGCCCGUCGUUUCUGCCGCGGCAGAUGCACAGCAACACGUUGGACGCGGCGAGCGAAGGAGGAAUCUGCGACUUCCACAAGAGGCGUUGGUUUGGAAGUAGUGCACGAGCAGUUUACCUGGGUGUUUGUGGGGGGUUUUUGGUUUUUUUUUGUUUUUUUUUUAAGAGACUGAACAGAAGUCUAUUCGGUGUGGAGAUGGAUAUAGAUAUAUCUAUCUAUCUCUGACACACAAGCAUACAUAAAAUAUAUAGAUCUAUAUAUAAAAAAAUAUUGAAUGAACAUUUAUUUAUUAUAAAGCCUUUCUGAAGGACCUUCUUAUGGUUUCAAUGUGGUAUUAUGUGUGUCUCUCUCUCAUGCACAAACUCACUGUAAGGUUUUUGCCAUCCCUUUUCCUCACCCCUUCUCCUAAACACAACUUAAACUGAGAUCCAAAACCGCCACCAAAACCUUGAGGAAUUGGCCCAUCCGGACCCAUCUCUACUUAAUCUUUUUUACUUUUUUUUUUUUAAGUGCUUUUUAUGUACUUAAACAUAUAUAUAUGUUUAAGUACAUAAAAAGCACUAUUUAUGCUUUUUAUGCUUUUUUUUUGCUUUUUUAAUGCUUUUUAUCUACUUAAAGCAUAAAAAAAGCAAAAAAAAAGCAUAAAAAGUGCUUUUUAUGUACUUAAACACACACACACACACACACACACACACACACACACACACAUUUUUAUCUACUUAAACAUAUAUAUGUUUAAGUAGAUAAAAAGUGCUUUAAAAAAAAAAAAGGAAAAAAGAUUAUAUCUCUCUGGACCCAUCUCUACUUAGAUAUAUAUGGGCAUGACUUCUUUCUUUUUUGCUGGUGUCUCCAUCCUCCAUUGAUUUGCUGGGGUAUUUCCACACUUGCGCUGAUGCGAGGGAAGAAGGAGGCAUCCUCGCUGCAUAGAGGGAGAGGUUGGUGGCACAGAGGUUACAUUUGAGUUUGUGCAUUGUACAAAGAGGAUACGUGAGCUUGCACACUAUGUACUUUUUUGUUUUUUCCCAAGCAGUGUGUCUGGUGAUGGGGGCGGGGGGGAGAGAGGUGGGGGAAAUGAGGCAAACUGUUAAAAUAUUGCAUAGAGGUAAGGGGCAAAGAGUGAAUGAACUACUGAGUGAAAGAGCUCUUCUGUGUAUUAGGACUCACGCACUGAAGCCUGGAUGCUUUCUGUAAGUAUUUAAAAACAAAUUGUAUUUAUGUUAAUGUGGAUAUAUUACUUUCCUGUUUAUAUAUUGUAAAUAGCAAGGUUUAUUCUCCUGUGGUUAAAGAAAAAAAAGGUAUAAAUAACUAAAUAGUAGCGAGGCACAUGCAUUAAAUGUAUAGGCAGUGUAUAACAUAUAUACUAACACUCUGAAAUCAGGAGAACUUAUCUCUGUCUCUCUGGCCUUUUUGACGAAGGUGGUAUAGCAUAUGGGUUACCUUAUUGUUGGGGGUGGGGGGGUUAAUGCCGAGGUUUUCCAGUGUUUGCCUUAUCUUUGGAAAAGAAACGAGUAGGGCAGAAAAUGUCUCCUUUUAGAAAAGUCUUGAGUACUUGUUUAGGGUGGAACAAAUGCGUGGUUUUAAAAGCCGCCUUGCAACCCGGUGCACAAACGUGGCAGAGUCCAAUCCCUCUCUGUAGCUUUUGUGAAGUCUCUUCUGGAAGUUAGCUGGGAAGUAGCUGUUUCACCGGGCAAUUGAAAAAAGCAAUACGAGACCUGUCUCUUAAGGACUUGCUAAGGUUUGGAGCAACUUCCAGAGAGCCUUCUGGGGUUCAUCCCUACGAAGCUCUGCUUUUCCAUGGGCGCUGGUCCUGCUAUCACUCCCACCAUGGAAACUCCAUUGCAAUCCCUUGUUAAUGGCAUCAAAAAACUGAGAUGAAAGCAGAGUUGAGCCCCAGAUUUUUCACGGUGCCAUUUUUUUUUGCAAAGAAAGCAAAGCUUUACUUACUUUCCUAAGACGGACUCUUUUGCAGCAAAUAUAACUGGGGAGGGAUGGAAGUUGAGUGGGGAAGCGCUCAGCUUUUUCAUUCCCCCUCCUUGUUCUUGUUUCCACUCCCCCAGGUGUGUUUCAGAGGUCUGGUUUUUCCUUAGUGGGUCCAGCAAGACUUGCAAGGUAUUGCCAGUAUGUGUGCGUGGGGGUGGGGAGGGGUGCAACCAUUAUUUAUAUAACUUUUUUUAAAAUAAAAAAAAAAAAAUUAGCGGAUGGAAGAAUAUUUUUAUUGAAUAGUGCAUUUAGUUAUGUCAGAAAUAUAAAAUAUAUAUAUAUAAUAUUUUUGUAAACAAGGCAAACUGAAAAUGUUUGCUGUUUUAUAUUAGAAUUUUCUAUUAUAAAAUAAUAAUUAAAAAAAAAAAUCCACGCAAAUAAUUGUUGCACCCGCCAUUGGUUAUUUAACAAGCUUCUGUUCUGUGUGACUGACUAUCUAUGCUGGUGCAGAGAAGUGCAAAACAAGUCCUAAACGUUACGUUCAUCCGGUCUUUCAACUUCAGAAGACUUUUAAAUUGGCAAAGCAAGCAGUGUUGAGUCUAGUUAGGUGAACGGACACGGUUGUUUAAAUACUACUUUUUUGUCAUUUGUACCAAAACUAGGAUUUGAUUUGGAGAAAGAUGCAAAAACUCACAAUAAAGAUGCCCCCGUGCUUAUUAUUAUUUUUUUUAAUUGACCUGCAUUCUGGGAUAGUUUUGGGUGUAAUAAAGCAAAGACGCACGGCACCCUCUGACUUCAGUGGCAGUUACUUUAAGAAUAAAAAAAUGGAAAAAAAAAAGGUUGAAAUUUGGUCCGUGCCAGUCGUGCAACUUCUGGCGACCUCGUUAGGAGGCAGAGGAUAUUGUUGAGGACUUUUUGUCACCUGUUAGCAAAGUUUUGCAACUUUUUAGCUGCUCUGAAAAGGAUAUUGUGAGAGGGCAGAAUUUUUCAACUGCUUGUAUUAUCUUGAAUUCAGGGGUAAGACUGAGGUUGCCCUUUUCAAAAAGAUGUAGGAAAAUGGCAACAGCAAAGGAUAAAAUCCGACAAGGGAAGAGACGUUUUGUGAUGGAGCAUUUACAAAGCAGCUCAGUUGCAAAACUCUUUGGGGUAGCUUAUAUUGUAAUGGGUUUUAAUGGCUGAGAAAUAGUCCUGGUUUGAUGUUUCAAAAGCGCCAAGUCCUUCCUGUGGUCUACACCAAAGUCGGCAGGAAGGGCAGCGCCAGGCUAAGCAUCACUUUGCUUGCCUUAUUCAGCUUUAUGUGGCUGUUAAGGUGAGGAAGGUCUAAUUUCCCUCGGUUCAGGUAUACUUAACAUAAGAAUGCCCUUAAUGGCCAAUGACACUUAUCAGUUGGAGGAUGUUGCCCAUAGAUGUGUCCUAGAGUGAAAAUGGCCACGUGUGCAUUCGUGGGGAUGACCAUUCUCCCACCACAACCAGAUGGUCAUCAGUUGAGUUUUUUAAGCCUAGUGACUUUUUUUUGGAGGGGGUGGGGGGUGGAUACACAUCAGCCAUUCAGAGGAAAAAUCUCCAUACUACAGAAUCACUCAAAUUCCCAGUUGCUUCAGUCAAACCCUGUACAGGUGGAAAGGGGGAAUACCUUUUAUGGUUUUUUUUCUGAAUGAAGGUUAAAUAUCUUGAUAGGAGUACGAUUGAAAUGUUUGCCGAAUUGGCAGCACGGUGCCAUUUUCUGCUAGCUCUAGCAAAGAGGGUCACGUUCUGCUUUGGGCCGAGAGGGAUAUAGAGGAAAACCAUAAAUUUAAUGCCGCAUGUGGACAUCCAGUUGGGUUCAAAUGGAAGGGGACACUUCUGAGCUUUGCUUCCUUUCUGCUAGAAGCAGCACCACAUUUUCCAGGGAUGAAUGACUCUCCCUCCCCUCUUUUUUUUGGGGGGGGGUCUGUUUGGAAGGGGCUACCCAAGUUGUGAAAGCAGAGCUCACUUCCUCACUCCUGUUGUGGAUACUGGAAUCUCGUUGGGGUGCCCACGUACUCCGGGCACGGCUCUUUGUGUAACAAGAGCGCUGAAGCCCUUGGUCUCCAAGGCGCUGGGGAAAUAUUUAACAUGGCAUUUGCCAAGAGGUAGGAGCAGCAAGUUAGGUUACUUUGGCCUGCUAACAGCCUUACCAGCUCCUUCUGGAUGAAACCUAUCCAAAGUCGUCUUCUCAGUGCUGGCACGUGACCCUUCUUCUCCCCUCUCCUGUUUUGCUCCAGUUCCUCUGAGGUCUGAAUGUAAAGUCUAGGAUUUGUUUUGUGCACUUGGAAAAAUGGCAUUUCCUUUUUGAAAGGGAGGUGGGGACUGAAUACUAACAUAUGAAGGAUUAGUAUUUUCUUUGUGGUUCGGUAUUUUUUGGUUGUUGUUUUUUUUUUUUUUUCAAUGUCUUAUGGGAGCCUAAGUUAUUUUUUCUCUACCUCAUAUGUACAGCUUGUAGGUAUAAAUCUGAUUCUGAGUGACUGUUGAGAAUGUAUUUAAGUUAUUUAACAUCUUUGUAUAACAAAAGCCAGAACAAAUGAAACAAUAAAUGUAUUUUAAAUUAUA